UCAUCCCCGCUAUUAAAAUUCCUUUUGCUGAGAGGACCCCACCUAAUAAUAUUUAUAGCAGCAAGUUUUAUGAUAGCAUGCAUGCAGCUGACUGUACUGUUCUAUAAAAGUCUAGUCAUAGAAAAAGUGGUCUCUAAGCUAUAGUGUUCUAAGGUUGCACACCAUGGCUGCCAGUGUGAUCUCUUCCGAUGCUGUAGAGAUCAAUGUUAUUAUGGACGAUGACAAUGAGCCCUCAACUAGACACCCUGGGAUCCAGUCCUCCGACAAACACACACCAGAUAAACCACAGAGGCUACCGUUCCUGAGCCAAGUCAGGUCCACCACGCCUCGUUUAGACACCCCUGACGGUACUCGUGGCACAAGAGGUCUCCCCUAUAUCAGAGAGCUCAUCUCCAGUAGAGUUCAUCGCAGACCCUCUGCUCAGAGACAACCUUCAACAGAGCUAGCGGUCACUACCCCAACCACUAGUCGCUUGGAACUAGAGUGUAUAAAAAGUGGCAAACUUUUGAAGACGUCCAAAGUAAGGAGUGAUGGCGACGACGCUAGCCCUGCCAAGACAAGGAGAUUCUGGAAUAGACCAGAGUCGAAGUUCUUCAGGCUUACAGAGGAUGCUUUGGAGUACUAUCAAACAUUCAAUCAGGUCAAAGUUCGUCGCAACUACCCGCUGACGAGUAUAGAGGAUAUUGUGUACAACGACAAUGAGCCGACCAAAUUCCACCUCCUCUUCCAGAAGUACGAGAUGGUGUUGGAGGCAGACAGCGAGGGAGAGGCCAAGAACUGGGCCGACUGCAUCAGAAAUGCUUGGUCAAAAUGGAACACAGAACCAGAGUUCACGUUCACCGAUAUAGAAGUCUCCUCCAUUCCUUCCAGUCCCCAGCCCACCUCCCCCUCAGUAGAACUGCUCCCCCCUAUGCCAUCCUCACCUGGGUCUCUGUUGGAGGUUCUUGCAACAGACGACGAAACAACCAUUGGAGAAGAUCUACCAGAACGUUUACGUACAGCCAAGUCAGCAUCUAGUCGUUCAGUCGGAUUCAAGCGUCCCCGGGCCCAUUCGGACACGCCCUUUCUCCGCCGGGAGAGCACAGAGUGUGAUGUGUUGACAUUUCGUAGUAGCAAACGGAAUAACGCCUUCAGGCUGGCUCAUUUGACCCCUCGACUGGAUUUGCCCCAGGCAGAACCAAGCUUCCCUGUCAAGUCCACUAGGCAUCUGCUCUUUAAGGCGCACACCGUCGUGUCAGAUCCUGAGAGCAAGGUGGCUGUUAAUCGUCUCCACCACAACUUUGCCAUGGUGAAGUACCCUCGCUCAACACUGGGCCUGCCUCACGAGAGAGUGUUCAAGAUCGAUAACGAUAAUCUGCAAAUUCUCUGGAGGAGAAACGAUGCUUCGGCAUUCCGUCAAAAAAGCUCUUUGAAGUUACACAAGGUGGUGGAGGUGAGGGAGGGGCAGCUGACCGACUCGUUCAACAAGUUCCCGUAUGAUGAGGUCGAGAAGCAGUCAUUGUCUCUCAUCUUUGAGCAAGAGACAAAGAAGUAUGUACGUCUAACAUCUAUUGACCUUAUCUGCGAUCACCCUGACAACUAUGACCAAUGGAUUGAAGGGUUGAGGUCCCUUGUGUCGGGCACCAAGUGCAGCAUCUAUCCUCAUCGUUAUGAGACGACAGACCCACUUGUGCUUUGGUUGAAGCAAAUCUGGACCUGUAAGAGUGAUCAUCACGAGAUCAAGAUGUCAGAUGCAGUCAAACUUGUCCAGAAAUUUCAGCCCCAAACCUCCUUCGAAGAUGCCAAGGCCCUGAUCAAGAUCUCUCACUCUCAUCAGUUCCGACACACAAUCGGUCAGGCUGACCUUCGCUGGGACGGCUUCACUCUACUCUAUAACCUCAUCUGUACCCAGGGAGCUCCUUCCUUCAGGUUGAAUGAGCUCUUCAAAAAGUACGCAGUCAAGUACCCUGCCUUGGGGCUGACAGUAGAGGAACUGAAGAAGUUUCUCAUGGAGGAGUGUUUUUGGGAUAAUGCUCAGGCGUCCGACAACAGCUUACAGUCCCUUAUCAAUCAUCAUGACUACCAUCAUCGUGCCUACAAGAAGUACGUGGCCAAGAACAGACCACUCCAGUACCAAAUCGCCACCAAGCUCCUCUCCUAUGCCGGCUUUCUCAGUUUCCUGAGGAGUAAAGAUAACGCUGCAAUUGACUUGGAUCACGAGACAUUGUAUCAGGACAUGAAUCAGCCGCUCUCACACUACUUCAUAAACUCCUCCCACAAUACGUACCUGGAGGCAGACCAGCUCAAGGGCAAGUCCUCAUUGGACGCUUACAUACGAGCACUGCUGCAGGGGUGUCGCUGUAUUGAGAUUGACUGCUGGGAUGACACAUUUAAUGUGACUGGACUGGACAGAAAAGAGCCAGUCAUCUACCAUGGCUACACUCUGACCUCAAAGCUACCGUUCAGAGAGGUCAUCCACACCAUUAAGGACUAUGCCUUUCGGACAUCCCUCUACCCAGUGAUCAUCUCCAUUGAGAACCACUGCUCGGAAGAUCAACAGUCAAAGAUGGCCAAGAUAUUUCGUGCAAUCAUGGGAGACUUGCUCCCCUCCGAGAACCUGGUGGAGAGUGAGGCACGGGAGAGACUACCCUCCCCACAAGACCUGCAGGGGAAGAUACUUCUCAAGGGGUCCUUCAAGGCUGGAGAGCUCAAGUAUGGCACUGCUCCCAGAACGCCCAAAAUGAGCAAGGAAACGUCUCAAGCCUCCCUCUCUUCGUUACAGGCCAAUGCUGUGGCCAACCCUGCUAGACUAACAUCCAUGCAGAGCUCCACUUCAGUGCUGUCUACUAACUCCAUUGAGAAUGAACUGCCCGAGUCUCCGGGCUCACCCGACAUGAACCAUGUCAAGGCCCCGCCCACCUCUGAAGAGGUUGACGCGGGACGCAGCAGAGGGCACAGUUUUGGCAGGGGAAGGGAGAGCCGGAGAUCACUCCGAGAGGUGAAACACCUUGUAGUAGAGAAUGAAAUGGGACAAGACGACCAGGAGCUCUUGUAUGAAGAGACGAGUAAGGGCUUGAAGAAGCUGAUCGUUUAUUGUCGCUCCAUCUCUAUCAAGCCUUGGAGCUGGAGGAAACAGAAGGCAACUUCCGUCUCUGAGAUGUUCUCAUUUGGAGAGCCCUUGGCAAUCAAGCUCUGUGACAAGUCACAGCGAGACAUGUUGAAAUGCACCGAGCGUCAGCUGGUGCGUACAUACCCCAAGGGGAGCAGGUUCGACUCUAGUAACUACGACCCCGUCAUGAUGUGGAACUGUGGUAUUCAAUUGGUCGCUCUCAAUUUCCAGAAACCUGACCUUUGCAUGCAUCUCAACCAAGGCUUUUUCCGUCGCAAUGGUGCAUGUGGGUAUGUACUCAAGCCGGCAUUGAUGAGGAAGGAAGACCCGGGAGGAGCAACGGGAGGCUCCGCCCCCUAUUCUCCGUACAUGGAGGUGCCACACCCAGACGUACCAUAUAUACAGCUCGAGAUUGAGCUGCUCUGUGGCCAGAACCUGUGCCCAUGGAACAAGAAGUGUGCCCAGUUCACUGUGGAAAUCCACACUUAUGGCAUACAGCACGACCUUGCCAAGAUGACACCUGCCCCUCACACUGAGACUCUGUGGCCGCAAUGGGAGGAGGGACAGUACACACUGAGCAAGAACAUUAUAAUGCCAGAACUGUGCCUGGUCUACUUUAGAGUUGAGGGGGACAAGAAACUGUUGGGCCAGAACUGCAUCUGCCUGGUCAGCCUGCAACCUGGUGUUAAAUUUAUACCAAUGCGUACGUCCGGAGGAGAGCUAAUUCCAGAGGCUGGACUGUUUGUUAAAAUCAAGAAGACAGAGCAGAGCUCCCAGUUCAGCACCUCAACCAUGGGAAAGGACGUUGGCCUGGAAACAAUCUCUGAGGAUGUAGAAGCGUCGCUAAACCCCAUCCGUUUCAAGAAGUACCUCCCACGUCAAGAGGAUGCACAGUACGAGGCAGACCCUGAGGACUCAUUUUUGAGGCGAACAAUGAGCAGCCCUCCCUCAAUUACUGGCCCGGGGUGUAGCAAGACAAGGAAAAGGUCUUCAGAAUUUGAGAUUGAAGUGGAGUUGAGUCCUGACCCCUCUGAGAAGAGAUCUGCAUCACCAGUGAGCCUGGAUGCCAACCGUGUGAGGUCUGUCACAGUACAACCCUCGUACACCACCCCUCAAAGCACUGAGGAGGAAGAGGCAGAGUUGAGUGACUCGGAUCACCUCAUGGAGUUCACACUCACUGUACAGGGAUCGUUCGAUGAAGGACUAUAACAUUUUAGUAAUCAUUAGUACAUUGACAUGGACAUGUAAAUUUUUUACAUCAUUGAAGUCAGUGUUGUUUUUUUAUACGACUGUAACUGUUUUGGACCUUUGUAAUACAUGAUUGUGAGGAUAAUUAUAAUAAUUAUGAUGACUG